AUGAUGGAGAGAAAAAGACGGGGAUGCCAUUAAUAAAGCGCAAGCUCCGGGCGCUGCUUACUAUAUAUAUAUGAUCUUCACUUUUAACUUUUCGCUUCAUCCAUCAUCGGUGCAUUCUUUUCUGAUUCUCCAGCUAUCUGGGUUUGUCUCUAAUCUGUUCUUGAAAUGGAUCCUUACAAGCAACGACCUUCAAGUGCUUACAACACUCCCUUCUGGACUACUAAUUCUGGUGCUCCUGUGUGGAACAAUAACUCUGCCUUGACCAUUGGAUCCAGAGGACCUAUACUCCUAGAGGAUUACCAUCUUGUGGAAAAACUGGCUAAUUUUGAUAGAGAGCGGAUUCCAGAGCGUGUUGUUCAUGCUAGAGGAGCUAGUGCAAAAGGGUUUUUUGAGGUGACUCAUGAUAUCACCCACCUUACUUGUGCUGAUUUUCUUCGAGCCCCUGGAGUUCAGACUCCAGUUAUUGUUCGUUUCUCCACAGUUAUCCAUGAGCGUGGAAGCCCUGAAACGCUCAGAGAUCCCCGAGGUUUUGCUGUUAAGUUCUACACCAGGGAGGGAAAUUUUGAUCUUGUGGGCAACAACUUUCCUGUAUUUUUCGUCCGUGAUGGUAUGAAAUUUCCAGACAUGGUACAUGCUCUCAAACCGAAUCCCAAGUCUCAUAUCCAGGAAAAUUGGAGAAUCCUUGACUUCUUUUCUCAUCAUCCUGAAAGCCUACACAUGUUCACAUUUCUAUUUGAUGAUCUUGGCAUCCCACAAGAUUACAGGCACAUGGAUGGUUCAGGUGUUAACACUUAUACUCUGAUUAAUAAGGAAGGGAAAGUACACUAUGUGAAAUUUCAUUGGAGGCCUACCUGUGGAGUCAAGUGUUUGUUGGAUGAAGAAGCUAUCCGUGUUGGAGGAAGUAAUCAUAGCCAUGCUACUCAGGAUCUCUAUGAUUCAAUUGAAGCUGGAAGCUACCCUGAAUGGAAGCUUUACAUUCAGACUAUUGACCCAGAUCAUGAAGAUAAAUAUGACUUUGAUCCUGUAGAUGUAACCAAGACUUGGCCCGAGGAUAUCUUGCCCUUGCAGCCAGUUGGCCGCUUGGUUUUGAAUAAGAACAUCGAUAACUUCUUUGCAGAGAAUGAACAACUGGCCUUUUGUCCUGCCAUUAUAGUACCUGGAAUAUACUAUUCAGAUGACAAAUUGCUUCAAACUAGGAUCUUCUCCUACGCAGAUACUCAGAGGCAUCGUCUUGGACCAAACUAUCUCCAACUUCCUGUUAAUGCACCUAAGUGUGCUCAUCACAACAAUCACCAUGACGGUUUCAUGAACUUUAUGCAUCGAGAUGAAGAGGUCAAUUACUUCCCUUCAAGAAUAGAUCCUGCUCACCAUGCCGAGAGGUAUCCUCAACCACCUGCUGUUUACACAGGAAAGCGUGAGAGGUGCGUAAUUGAGAAGGAGAACAACUUCAAGCAGCCGGGAGAAAAAUACAGAUCUUGGCCAGCAGACAGGCAAGAACGAUUUGUGGGUAGAUGGGUGGAUGCAUUAUCCGACCCUCGUGUCACCCACGAGAUCCGUAACAUCUGGAUUUCUUACUGGUCCCAGGCGGACAAGUCUCUGGGCCAGAAGCUUGCAUCUCAUCUCAAUGUGAAGAUAGACACUUGAAGGUACUAUCCACUUGUUCCAUAAAUUAUACGAAAAUGGGUGAAGCGACUCCAUGCUGUUUCAAUUGAUAGCAUGUAAUAAUAAAAAAAAAAAUAUAUAUUUAUAUAGUACACAAAGUUAUUCUAUCAUAUUCUGUCAUGUAAUAAAUUCUUCUUGUAUCUUUCUUUAAACAUUUUACUUUCGUUCGAGUAAGAUGAGAAUGAGAUGCAUCAAGAUAAAUGUAUUUUAAGAUGUAAUCGAAAUAUUGAUCAUGUAAUAAAAUGCUAUUUUCUAUGUAA